GGUUAAGUCGUUUUUCUGAUAUGCUCAGGUUCGCAGGACCUCAUUUUCCACCUUCUGUGGUGUUCAAGAUUUUCCACAUUGGUGUUGGAGGACAUUAUCUCUCCGGCAAACAACUCUUCACUCCCUCCAACCAGGCCACAGCAGACACGUGCAGAAUGAUGGGAGCCAGAACAUUCAUGGGUUUCAUCUCAGUGGACGAGAUUCACAGGCAGAGCGGAGCCAUUACUGAAGCACAAGAUGUCAUCUGCAUGAGAGACUUUAUGCAGUAUUCCAGCCACCUGGAUGAGCUUCCCGCUUGUCUGGGCGGUCGGGAAAACGGCUGGAGGUUUCUGUCUCGAGAGGUCUUGUCACGGAACAUUCGCAGGGAGAAUAUCAAAUCAGAAACGACCGGUUCUGUUGUGGCACAUCUAAAGAAAGGGCUGGCGUGGGGACAUCUCACCCUCUCUCAUUUCUCCAGACAGCAGCUCUCUCAGAGAUGUUUGCCAGCGUCCUCACGGCGCUCUGCUCGAGUUAAGAACACCGCAGCUCGCAAGAGACGCCUCUACAGAGAGAGAAACCAGGUGUUAGAAGAAGAGAGGCAUCUGGACAACAUGAAUAACAAUAACACGGAUAAACAGAAGAGCACUGCUGAGAAAUACGACAUCAAGAUUGUUCUGCCAUCGGCUGAGACUGAAGAUUAUGAUGACGGCUCAUCUGAGUCUGAAUGGGAGGAAGAGGCUGAAAAACUCUGCAACUGGUCGAAACAACUGAACUUAGAUGAUAUUGAUGCUCUUGAACGUGUCGAUGGAUAAAAGUUCAACAUGGAUGCAUGGCUCUCUGAUGCUUAAAGAAAUAUUUGUAACACAUCCGCAAUAAGACUGAAACCCUUAUUUUUUGUAUAUUGUGAUCACGCAAGACAACAUUGUUAGGACAUUUGUCAGUUCAUCCCAGAUUUUAUUUACUAAGAAGAUUUUGUGCUCUGUUUUAUGAAUGUUAUUUGGAUUUGUCACUUUUGAAAGGCAAUAUGAAAGAAUUUUCUAUGUAAUCUUAUUUCAUCCAUUUCAAAGUUAUUCAAAAAUCAAACCUUCUUGAAGUUUCAAAGAGAUUUGUAUAGAAAAUGUGGCUACCUCAGCGACAAACAUAGUAUUAAGACUUUUUAAAUGUGUUCUUAAAAAUAUAGGUUCCUAAAAAGAUCUUAUAUGGGUCCAUAACAAAUCUUUAACAUGCGCAGAAUCUUUUUUGUAUAGAAGGUUCUACAGAUAUAAAAAGUGAAAGAAUUAGCUAUGUUAUGGCUGAAAGGUUUUUUUUUGAGGAACACAAAAUGCUUUUUAUGGCAUUGCCGUGUGUUUUAUGUAAUUAAAUUAGCUGUAGGCAGGGGUAGUUUAGCUGUGGCUGUUGAAUCUGUGAAUCUUGUUAUUCUCUUGGCACACGAGUAUGUUAAUAAGUUU